AACAGUCUGGGUUAUCGUAUUACCAAUAGCGAAGCGAGAUAGUUGAUGCAUUUUCCAAAUUUCCAGUUAUUAGAAGCGGUAAUGGGUUCGUUCGGUUAAUAUCUCCAGCUUGUAACAAUAUUUAAGUAGUAGUAGCCGCAGUGGUGUGGACAGUGGACUGUGUUGUCUGAGGUGUUGAGUGACCAAGAAGAAGAGUAACCACGUUAUUAUAAUAACAGUUCGCGACAACUCACUCAAGAUGGACAUCAAAUCUUCGGGAAGAAAACAAAAUCCAAAAGAAAAAAUCAACCCCAUUUUUGGACUUUUGUUCUUGCAUAUGAUACCAAUAUUUGCCAAAAACUACAAGAAAGGUAUACAAGAAGAAGAUUUAUUCGAACCUUUAGAAGAACACAGGUCUCAUAUACUGGGCGACAAACUGGAAGCUUUAUGGAAAGAGACUCAUCGUAAAUAUAAGAAGUUCGCCUUACACAUAUCCCUACUACGAUCAUUUGGACUGGAAUUGUUAGCGUUAGGAAUUUUAAAACUGAUUAACAGUUUGCUUUUAGUUUAUGUGAUGCCGAUAGCGUUAGGAGAGUUAAUUUCGUAUUUUAAUUUAUCGUCGACACUAACAAUAGAAGAGGCAUCUGUCUAUACGGGAAUCAUAGUUGCUUACCUAUUCAUCUAUGCCAUCGUUGAUCAUCCGGCGACAAUGGCCGUCAUGCACAUUUGCAUGAAAAUGCGUGUCAGCUGUUGCUCGCUUAUUUAUCGAAAAUCUUUACGACUGAGUCGAAACUCCUUGGCUCAUACUUCGGUCGGCCAAAUUGUUAAUUUACUUUCGAAUGACGUGAGCAAGUUCGACGAGAACUUCCUGUUAUGCCCUUACAUCAUUAUCGGACCAUUGCAGAGCGCGUUGGCCACGUAUUUGCUUUACCGGAUUAUUGGCUACGCUGCGUUUGCCGGUGUUACCUUUAUGGUAAUCUUCGUCCCGAUUCAAAUGUACCUAAGUAAAUGGGUGUCAGUCUAUCGACUGCGUUCGGCCCAGCGUACCGAUGAGAGAGUGCGACUAAUGAACGAGAUUUUGAAUGGUAUUCAGCUGAUCAAAAUGUACACGUGGGAGAAGCCGUUUGCUAAGCUAAUUUCCUUGGCGAGAAGAUACGAAAUAAAGAGCAUUCGUAUUCAGUUCUUUUUGAAAGCACUCAUGUACUCGUUUGAGACGUUCCUGCCGCGGACGUCUAUCUUUAUCAGUCUGGUGGUGUUCAUCGCACUGGGCUACAAUAUAACAGGCGAAAUUGUAUACUCAGUUAUUGCCAUUUACAACGUCAUUCGACCAAUUAUGACGGUGUUCUUCCCAUUGAGUCUUGCGGCAUGUGCCGAAGUUCACACUUCUCUGGGACGAAUUGAGGAGUUCUUGCGCCACGAAGAACAAGAACAGAUUGAAAGUGAACCAAGUAUGAAACCCCACCCGAGCAUUAGCAGAAGAUCAAACAUUUAUAUGAAAACGGUCUGUGCGAAGUGGUCCAGUGAGAGUGUAGGCAACACUUUAACGAACAUUAACCUGGAGGUCAGUGGCAGUAAACUAGUGGCGGUUGUAGGACCCGUCGGAAGCGGCAAGAGUAGUAUAUUUAACUUAAUUUUAAAAGAACUGCCGGUAACUAGCGGCGAUAUGCAAGUUAGCGGUAAAUUGUCGUACGCCUCACAGGAUCCGUGGUUAUUCGCUGCCAGUGUUAGAGAAAAUAUUUUAUUUGGAGAGCCGUAUGAUGAAAAGCGGUAUAAGACUGUUGUAAAAAGUUGCGCGUUAGAGUCUGACUUGGCCCAGUUGCCCGGUGGCGACAGGACGGUGGUCGGUGAAAGAGGAAAGUCGCUUAGCGGUGGUCAAAAGGCGAGAAUUAACUUGGCCCGUUGCCUGUAUAGGCGCGCCGAUAUUUAUCUGCUGGAUGAUCCCUUGUCUGCCGUCGAUAGUAAAGUAGGUAAACACCUCUUUGAGGAGGGCAUCAAAACCUUCCUCAAAGAUAAGAUGUGUUUGCUAAUCACGCAUCAAGUUAAAUACGCCAAAGAGGCCGAUAGAAUUAUUGUACUAAAGGAUGGUCGUAUUUCCGAGGAGGGUAGUUAUGAUGAGUUGAUCACUAACGGAACUGACUUCCUUAAACUCGUCCAAGUAAACGUAAACGACGAUAGUGGCGAACACGAGAACGUUAGCCACCCCACGGAAAACAUGCAAAUGGUACAGUCAGUCACAGGUGAUUAUGACGAAGUGGAAGAUGGCGAGCAGUUAACCACAGGAAGCAUUACAGCAGCUACGUAUAUCAGCUACUUAAAAGCGGGUGGCUUGUUCUUUGGAUGGUUCAUCAUUCUUCCCGCAUUCAUUUUGACUCAAAGCUCGAUGAAUGUAUGCGAUUACUUCCUCUCGUACUGGGUCAAUUCACUUCAAGACAUUGAUAAUUUUAACCAAACUGAAAUAACAGAAGACAAUGACACUCUCUAUGUGUACGGAGGCAUAAUCUCAUCAAUCAUUGUGUUAGGAAUUGGACAUUCCAUGCUCUUUUUCAUCUUUGCCAUGCGAAUCUCGGUCACAUUACACGAUAUGGUUUUCGAAAAGAUAUCAAAUGCGACCAUGGGAUUCUUCAACGAAAAUCCGGUGGGAAGAAUUCUGAACAGGUUUUCAAAGGACAUGGGUAUCAUUGACAACUACAUACCGUUGGUCUUUUCCGAAUUUCUUGAGAUUAUACUGAUGCUGUUUGGCGCAAUGAUACUGUCCGUUGUGGUGAAUGUAUGGCUGUUGAUACCGUCGAUCGGGUUGAUCUUCACGUUUUACGCCGUUAGAGUUGUCUACCUGGAGACGAGCCGGAGUGUCAAAAGAAUUGAGGGCAUUACUCGGAGUCCGAUUUUUACACAUUUGACGUCAUCCGUACAUGGGUUAUCUACGAUAAGGGCUUUUUUAGCUGAGAAUAACUUAAUACACGAGUUUGACGACAUUCAAGAUCACCACAGCUCAGCAUGGUACUUAUUUAUUUCCGCUAGCGUUGCAUUUGGAUUUUGGCUCGAUAUCAUUGCGAACAUAUUUAUAUCGAGUGUCAUUGUAAUUAUACUACUUAUCAGCGAAGAACACCGCGGCGGAGACGUUGGCCUAGUCGUCACGCAAUACGUCAGCUUAACCGGAGUUCUACAAUGGGGGAUGCGACAGUUAAGCGAAUUAGAAAAUAAUAUGACUUCAGUCGAAAGAGUUUUAGAAUAUAAUAACGUGCCCCUCGAACCCACCCGCAAAUCAGAAAUCGAGCUCCCAGCAGAAUGGCCAGAGCAAGGCAAAAUCACCUUUGAAAACGUUUCGAUGAAAUACUCCAGCAAUAGCGAGCCAAUCCUAAAACAGCUCAACUUCUCGAUUUAUCCCGGUGAAAAGAUAGGAUUGGUUGGCCGAACUGGCGCAGGGAAAACAUCCACGACACUAGCGCUGUUUCAGCUUUACGACAUAACCGGAUCCAUACUUAUAGAUGACAUAGACACCACCAAAAUUCCUCUAGAUAAAUUACGUGCAAAACUCUCGGUUAUUCCACAAGAUCCAGUACUUUUUACCGGUAGCAUUAGGCAAAAUUUGGAUCCGUUCAGUGAGUACCCGGACGACGUCCUCUGGAACGCUUUGGAAGAGGUCGAACUCAAACAUUCAAUUGACGAGUCGGGUUUGCUGAUGAACGUGGCUGAAGGCGGGUGUAACUUCAGCGUUGGACAGAGGCAAUUAGUGUGUUUAGCAAGAGCGAUAAUACGAAAUCAAAAAAUUCUCAUAAUGGACGAGGCGACGGCGAACGUGGAUCCGUACACGGACAACCUAAUCCAGCAAACAAUUAGGAGAAGGUUCUCAAAUUCAACAGUGUUAACCAUCGCCCAUCGGCUGCAUACGAUAAUGGAUGCAAGCAGGGUGAUGGUGUUCGAUGCCGGAAAAAUUGUCGAAUUUGACCAUCCGCACCACUUGCUACAGAACAAAGAUGGCACGUUCUAUUCAAUGGUUCAAGCUACGGGCCAAAAUAUGUUUAAGAAUUUGUAUUCAAUUGCAGAGAAACAUUUCUUAGACACGAAAUCGUAGACUGUGAUAAUUUGCGUUCGUUUUUUCAUUCUUCGCAGUAUUCUUUUCGUCUUUCGCAGUAUUUUUUUUUGUUACAUAUUAAUGUCGAUAUUUGUUAAUAAAUCUUUUGUAUAAAACCAGUUGUUAUAUCAUAA